AUGCUACAGUCGGUUAGUGUUCAUCUGAUGGACGAACGACGUCAAUCUCGUAUGACAUUCGAUGAUCGACGAGGUUCGAGAAUGUCGAGAAGAACUACGCUGGCUGAUAUGCUUAUUACUACACAAUAUUCACAUCAUCUGUGUCCUCCUCAGUGGUACGGGGUUGGAGUGACUGUUAAUGACGAUUUGCAGCCGUCGACCUUGAUCGUGCCGGCUGACAACCCGAUCGGGUGGGCAGUGUUUAAUCCGCUGCCUAUACAUGUUCAGAAACCAAGAAUACAUCCUACAGGUAGGGUCAGAAAUGUUUAAAU